AACAGGAAUAUUAAACGGGUUUCCCCCUUUUUUCAUCCCGUUUCCACAUAAAAGCGCUCAAUUUGGUCCUCUGAAGUGCAGGCGAAUUUGUAAUUUGCAAAAGAUUUUUAUUUGAAGUUGUAAUGUGUUGUUAGUCAUAUAUAUAAAAACACUCACAGAACACAUUCAGUUACAUAAAUAUUAUUAUAGAAGAUUUUCCGAGAACUGUCAUGAAAAAGAUUAAAGUCUCCAGAUCCCAUCCCAAUAACAGCUGUGAUGUCACGCUUGACCCACGUUUCUGUCCAGUUGCUGUUAUAUGCAUUUGCCGUGCCUCAUGAGUGCUUCUGGAUGCUAUCAAAUAGAGCUUGAAACUCAGUAUCCUGUUCUGAAUCCGGAGUCUAGCGAUUUAAUGGCAAAGUUUAAGUGUCCAAAAGGUGACGCAAAAUGCUGAGGAGAGAAACAUCUCGAUCGUAUCAGGAGUUCAAUGGUGAUGACUGUUCUGGCCCGCAUGGGUCCUAUGGGAAUAAUGACGUUUCUGAAGUGGAGCAUGAUGAAGCAAGCUGUGAUCCUUUACCAGAUGAGGACAUUGUGGACAGCAACCUUAUGCCCAUAACCUUCAACAAAGCCUGUCUGAAGAAUGUUUUCACAGUCAUCCUUGUGCUCAUUUACCUGCUGCUUAGUACAGUUGCUGCAUUCUUGGCUUAUCAAACCAUUUCAGACUUUAUGGAGAAGCUCAACCAUCCAGUAAUGUCUGUUUCAUACAAAGAGGUUGAAGAGUUUACACCACCAGGAAUUGCGUUGUAUCCUGGGAAGGCUCAGUUAUUGAGUUGCAUGCAUCAUUAUCAUGACAACAUUCCACCUCCUGUAUCAUCAGGCAGCCGGGCGGAAGGAGACUGUAUAAUAGAAGAGAUAAUUUACUAUGGACCAUAUUCAAACCAGACACAAAAGCGAGCCAUGGUGGUCAGAGGUCCGACUGAUGUGAGGAACCGAGAACUAAUAUUCCUUCAGUUUAGUCGUAAUGAAACGGAAGAAGAUUUCAGCGCUAUCAGUUACAUGAUUUUUGCCGAAUUCAGUGACCUGCUUGAAAGCUCAGAUAAGGCUGCAUUUAUGAUGGAUUGUGAAAGAAACUAUUCAAUGUGGACCUUCUCUGGAGGCUUUCGGACAUGGGUCAAAAUGUCUUUGGUCAAAACCCCAGGCAGAGGAAGUGAAUCAGUGGAAUUUAGGCAAGAGUCCAGUGUAGUGAAAUACAUAGACAAGAGGCCACCACAGGAGCAAGCCAAUGAACUUUUCUUUGCUGUGUUCCAAUGGCGAGAUCCAUUCAUACAGCAAGUCAAAGAUAUAGUCACAGCAAACCCAUGGAACACCAUAGCCAUUUUGUGUGGCGUCUUUAUGGCUCUAUUCAAAGCAGCAGACUUUGCCAAACUUAGCAUUAAGUGGAUGAUCAAAAUUCGUAAAAGACAUUUAAGGGCAAAAUUGAGAGAGAUGAACCAAAUCAGCUAAUUCAUACUGAAAUUCGUUAUUCUUAUAAGAAAGCACUACACAGAACACUAGAAGUUAAGAUUUUGAUUAAAACUAUCAAACAAGUCUAUUGCACUUUGAAAAACAGUGUUUUAUUGUGUGUUAAGUUUUAACUGGACAAUAGAUUUGACCCUGAAAUUGUAAAAGUAACUACUGACGGUAUUUUGAACAGCUGAAUGUUAAGGCACAUGUCUUUCAGGGCAAAGUGUAUGUGCUUUGGGACACUGAAAUAUUAACUAAGCUAGUUGAUCUCUGUGAGAUUCAGCUUUGUUUAAAUGAUGACUAAGAAGUGUGGAUCAACUAAUGAUGUGAUCUUAAGUGAGGCUUUUGUAAUUAAGAUUAGGCCGCCUGAUUAUUUUGCCUAAAACACUUCAAAAGGAACAAAAAAUUAUCUAGUUUGUCACGGUCUGACUAUUCUAUUGCAAAGCAUGCAAUGAUGCUAUUUUUUAGAGCCAGACGUGAUCUGUUCUUGCUGCUGUUUAAACUGUUGUAGUAAAUGUGUUUUAAUAAUAUGAGACGUGUUGUAACGACUCAAACAAAUUGUAUGAAGGGAUUUCAUAGAUUUUUAACAUAAUAUUGAUGGCAUUAGUUAUAAAUGACUACUCUAAAUAUAUAUGGCUAAAUUUGUGUUGUUGUGGAAAUUACGUGACAUAUGUGUCCAUAUAACAUUCAGACUCCAUGUGCAGGCAUUUUAUAUUUGUUUUUAUGUUAUAUAGAAUUGCCUUUAUUUUAUGUUUUAUUAAAAAACAAUGCAUUUUUAAGUUUCCCAGAUUUUUAAAAAUAAUUAUAUUGAUGUUGUCUCAAGGACAAAAGUAUGUUAUUUUAUCUAACUGUUCUGUGUGUUUUGACAUAAGUGGGAGAAUACAUCACCAAACAAGUACAAGUCUUGGCCGUUGUGCAAGCAAAGAUUUUAACCCAGUUAUUUGAAUGCCCUUGCGCCAGCGCAUUAAAAAGUUGUAUAGGUUGUUGAAAGUUAUAACAUAGACUUGCUUUCUCCUUAAUGUGUUGUCUCUUAUUAUAUUAUAUGGCAUUGCCUUUCACUGUCGUACUGUAAGAGUGUAAGUCCUCUAUUUUUCUCGCACAUUUAUUUUGCUUUUUCUAAUUUUCUAUUAAAAUAUUCU